GCUUUUCUCUGAACUCAUGUUUCUUUAAAAGAUUGUUUGCGGGGAACAACUCUCCCAUUAGGACCUUGUAUGAAAAAGCUAAUUGAGACAAACUAAACUCUUUCUGGUUUGAUAGUUCGUAACGUUUUGAUCUGUCCAGCCAGCCAUCUGCAACUACACACUCCCUGCUGGGGAACUGGCGGGGAGACAAAGAAAUGGAAAACUGUAAAGAAGUCACCAUGUGAUGUGAGCAGCGAGUUUUUGGCAGCUUGUCUGAAUUAAGACCAUAAUCCUUCUCGGAAAUUAUUCUAAAAUGGAACUAUUCACAAUAAACAUGAAAUUAAAAGCAUGAUGUAGUAGCGACCUAAAAGGAAUGUGAAUUCUUCUCCAGGACACGCAGAGACCCAUGGAUGAACUGUUUCUAGAUUCUCGUUCCAGAUUUCCUGAGAGUAAGUCAACCUCUGUAACUGUGGUUGUUUUGCAUGUGAAAAUAUAACCUAUGACUUCAAAUAGGAAAUGCCAAACAUUUGGAUGGAAGCUAUGAAAUGCACAUUUGGGCUUUCUGCUAGCGAUCGCAGGAACUGAAGUCUGGGGCUAAAAGCCUGAGCAGAUCCCUCCCGAAGCCCCUGGCUGCCCGUUGGGACGCUGGUCAGAAUGAGCAAGAGGCACAUAAGCGUGGGUCAGCAAACGUGGGCUCUUCUCAGCAAGAACUUCCUUAAAAAAUGGAGGAUGAAGAGAGAAACCUUGUUGGAAUGGUUUUUCUCACUUCUCCUAGCAUUAUUUGCAUACCUGUUGUCAUCCGAAGUACACCACGCUAAUGACUUUCCUCAAAUACCUGCAAUGGACCUGGGACGUGUAGAUAACUUUAAUGAUUCUGAUUAUGUUAUUGCAUUUGCACCUGAAUCCAAAACAACUCAGGAGAUCAUGAACAAAGUGGCUUCAGCCCCAUUCAUUAAAGGAAGAACAAUCACGGGCUGGCCUGAUGAAAAAAGCAUGAGUGAACUGGAUUUAAACUAUACUAUAGAUGCAGUGAGAGUCAUCUUUAAUGAUAACUUCUCAUACCAUUUGAAGUUUUACUGGGGAGCGAGAAUCCCCAGAAUGAAGGAACACAGAGACCAUUUAGCUCCUUGCCAGACAACAGACAACAAAGUCACGUGUGAAGCCUCACUGUUCUGGGAGAAAGGCUUUAUAGCUUUUCAAGCUGCCAUUAAUGCUGCUAUCAUAGAAAUCACAACAAAUCAUUCGGUGAUGGAACAGCUCAUGUCAGUUACUGGGAUAAAUAUGAAGAUACUACCUUUUGUUGCCCAAGCAGGAGUUGCGACAGAUGUUUUCAUUUUCUUCUGCAUUAUUUCUUUUUCUACAUUCAUAUACUAUGUAUCCAUCAAUGUGGCGCAAGAAAGGCAGUACAUUAAGUCACUGAUGACAAUGAUGGGACUUCGAGAGUCAGCAUUCUGGCUCUCCUGGGGUUUGAUGUAUGCUGGCUUCAUCUUUAUUAUGGCGAUUUUGAUGGCUCUUAUUGUAAAAUCUACCCGUGUUGUCGUCCUAUCUGGCCUUGUGGUGGUCUUCAUCCUCUUUCUUCUCUACGGCCUGUCUCUGAUAACUUUAGCCUUCUUGAUGAGCGUCCUGGUAAAGAAGCCUUUCAUUACCGGCUUGGCCGUCUUUCUCCUCACCGUCUUUUGGGGGAGUCUGGGUUUCGCUGUGCUGUACAGACACCUUCCCGUCGCGCUGGAGUGGACCUUGUGUCUCCUUAGCCCUUUUGCUUUCACGGCUGGAAUGGCCCAGCUUAUACACCUGGACUAUGAUGUGAACGCUAACACCCAUUUGGAUUCUUCAGAAAACCCAAACCUAAUCAUAGCUACUUUUUUCAUGUUGGUUUUUGAUACUUUUCUCUAUUUGGUGCUGACAUUAUAUUUUGACAAAAUUUUGCCUGCCAAAUACGGACGCCAGCACUCUCCCUGGUUUUUCCUGAAAUCCUCCUUCUGGUUUCAACACCCAAGGGCUGACCAUGUGGCCCUUGAAAACGAAACAGAUUCCAGUCCUUCAUCUAAUGACUCUUUUGAACCGGUGUCUCCAGAAUUUCACGGGAAAGAAGCCAUCAGAAUAAAAAAUCUUAAAAAGGAAUAUAAAAAAGUAAAGCAUGAAAGAGUAGAAGCGCUGAAAGGUCUGGUACUUGAUGUAUAUGAGGGCCAGAUCACUGCCCUCCUUGGUCACAGCGGAGCUGGGAAAACAACCCUGCUGAACACGCUCAGUGGACUAUUAGUCCCAACGUCAGGUUCAGUCACCAUCUAUAAUCACUUGCUUUCGGAAACGGCGGACUUGGAGACUGUCCGCAAGCUCACUGGAGUUUGUCCACAAACCAAUGUGCAAUUUGGCUUCCUGACAGUGAAGGAAAAUCUCAGGCUCUUUGCAAAAAUAAAAGGGGUUCAGCCACAGGAAGUGGAACAAGAGGUCCAACGUGUUAUACGGGACUUGGAGAUGGAAAAUAUUCAAGAUGUUCUUGCUCAAAAUUUAAGUGGUGGACAAAAAAGGAAAUUAACUUUUGGCAUUGCCAUUUUAGGAGAUCCUCAGAUUCUGCUACUGGAUGAACCAACGGCAGGAUCAGAUCCUCUUUCAAGGCACCAUGUGUGGAACCUUCUGAAGGAGAGGAAAUCAGACAGAGUCAUUCUCUUCAGCACCCAGUUCAUGGAUGAGGCUGACAUUCUGGCCGAUCGAAAGGUGUUUAUAUCUGACGGCAAGCUGAAGUGUGCAGGCUCUUCCCUGUUCCUGAAGAAGAAAUGGGGCAUUGGCUACCAUUUAAGCUUACAUUUGAAUGAAAUGUGUGAUCCAGACACUAUAACAUCCCUUGUUAAACAGCACAUCCCCGAUGCCAAAUUAAAAGCACAAAGUGAAGAAAAGCUUGUAUAUAUUUUGCCUUUGGAAAGGACAAACAAAUUUCCAGACCUUUACAGAGAUCUUGAUAGAUAUUCUAACCAAGGCAUUGAGAAUUAUGGUGUUUCCAUGACAACUUUGAAUGAGGUGUUCUUGAAAUUAGAAGGAAAAUCAGCUAUUGAUGAAUCAGAUACUGGAAUUUGGGGACAGGUGCCCAGUGAUAGGACAAAAGACACAGGAAGCCUGGUUGAGCUGGAACAAGUUUUGUCUUCCUUGAAUGAGACAAAAGAAGCAGCCAGCGGCAUGGCUCUCUGGAGGCAGCAGACCUGUGCCAUGGCGAAGGUUCGCUUCCUGAAGUUAAAGAAGGAAAGGAAAACUCUGAUGACCAUAUUACUGCUUUUGGGCAUUAGCUUUUGCCCUCAGCUUUUGUCCUAUGUAUUCUAUGAGCUUCAACAAAAGAGUUAUUCCUGGGGACUAUCUCCCCACAUGUACUUCCUUUCACCUGGACAAUCACCUCAAACCCCUCUGACGCGCUUACUGGUCAUCAACAAAACAGGGUCAAGCAUCGAAAACUUCAUACACUCACUGAGGCAACAGAACAUCGCUUUGGAUGUGGAUGCCUUUGGAACCAGAUAUGGCCCCAGCGAGCCAUCGUACAACGGUGCUAUCACUGUGUCCGGUGCUGACAAGGAUCACAAAUUUUCAAUAGCAUGCAAUACCAAAAGGCUGAAUUGCUUUCCUGUCCUCAUGGAUAUCAUUAGCAAUGGGCUACUUGCAAUUUUUAAUUCUUCAGAACACAUUCAGACAGACAGAAGCACAUAUUUUGAAGCCCAGGAAUUUGGGUCCCCAAGUAGUUUCUUCUUCUGGAUACCUCUGGCAACCUGUUUGACCCCCUACAUUGCCAUGAGCAGCAUCGGUGACUAUAAAAAGAAAGCUCACUCCCAGCUAUGGAUCUCAGGCCUCUUCCCUUCUGCGUACUGGUUUGGGCAGGCGCUGGUAGAUAUUCCCCUGUUCUUCUUGAUCCUCCUGGUCAUGCAAAUAAUGGAUUACGUCUUUAACCCAGAUAACAUCAUAUUUAUAAUUCAGAACCUGUUAGUUCAGAUCCUGUGUAAUAUUGGAUAUGUCUUAUCUCUUAUUUUCUUCACAUAUGUGAUAUCAUUCAUUUUUCGCAAUGGGAGGAAAAAUAGUGGCCUCUGGUCAUUUUUCUUCUUAAUUGUCACCAUCUUCCUGAUAGUUGUUACUGAUAUGAGUGAAUAUGGAUUCCUAUGGCUGUUUCUCUGCACCAUAUUCAUACCGCCAUUCACACUGAUUGGCUGUCUAUUCCUUUUUUCAGAGAUUUCUCCUGACUCUAUGGAUUAUUUAGGAACUUCACAGCAUUAUUCUGUAUUUUUGGCACCACUAAUACCUUACCUUCAACUUUUUGUUUUGCUUUUCAUUCUACGAUGUCUGGAGGCAAAGUCUAGGAAGAAAUCAAUGAGAAAGGAUCCUGUAUUCAGGAUUUCACCAAAAAGCAGUAAAGUUCUUCCAAACCCAGAAGAGCCUGAAGGAGAAGAUGAAGAUGUUCAGAUAGAAAGAACAAGAACAGCAAACGCUGUGACUGUCCCAGACUCUGAUGAGAAACCAGUCAUUGUUGCCAGUUGUCUACGAAAGGAAUAUGCUGGCAAAAAGAAGAACUGCUUUGCCAAGAAGAAGAAAAAAGUGGCCACGAGAAAUGUCUCUUUCUGUGUUAAAAAAGGUGAAGUUAUAGGUCUGUUAGGACACAAUGGAGCUGGUAAAAGCACAACUAUUAAGAUGAUAACUGGAGACUCAAAACCAACUGCUGGACAGGUGAUUUUGAAGGGGAGCAGCAGAGGGGAAGCCCCCAAGUUCCUGGGGUACUGCCCUCAAGAAAAUGCACUGUGGUCCAACCUGACGGUGAGGGAACACCUGGAUGUGUUCGCUGCGGUGAAAGGGCUCCGGAAAGCAGACGCCACAGUCGCCAUCACACGGUUGGUGGAGGCGCUCAAGCUGCAGGACCAGCAGAAGCAGCCCGUGAGGGCCUUAUCCGAGGGGAUCAAGAGAAAGCUGUGUUUCGCGCUGAGCAUUCUGGGAAGCCCUUCGGUGGUGCUGCUGGACGAGCCGUCCACGGGCAUGGACCCCGAGGGGCAGCAGCAGAUGUGGCAGGCAAUCCGGGCUACCAUCAGAAACACGGAGAGGGGCGCCCUCCUGACCACCCACUACAUGGCGGAGGCUGAGGCCGUGUGCGACCGCGUGGCCAUCAUGGUGUCCGGAAGGCUCAGGUGUAUCGGUUCCAUCCAGCACCUAAAGAGCAAAUUUGGCAAAGAUUACCUGCUGGAGAUGAAGGUGAAGAGCCUCACCCACGUGGAACCCCUCCACACGGAAAUUCUGAGGCUUUUCCCCCAGGCUGCUCGGCAGGAAAGGUACUCCUCCCUGAUGGUAUACAAGCUGCCUGUCGAGGACGUGCGGCCCUUAUCGCAGGCUUUCUUCAAGUUAGAGAUAGUUAAACAGAGCUUCGACCUGGAGGAGUACAGCCUCUCACAGUCUACCUUGGAGCAGGUUUUCCUAGAGCUCUCCAAGGAGCAGGAGCAGGCAGACUUUGAGGAGGAAGUCCAUCUAUCAGUGAAGUGGAAGCUCCUCCCGCAGGAAGAGCCUUGAAGUCCCAAAUACCCUAGGUUGCUCUUUAAGCUUGUGACUGUUUUAAGAUAACAUUUUAUAGCAUGAAUACUCCUUAUUUCAGAUUUGUACAAGUUACUUUUGAAACUUACAUCAUGAUUUUUCUCAGUAAUAUUACUACAAUGGGACUAAGGAAGCCAGAUCCUGCAGCCUCUGCACCAGCCACCAGAUUCCACAUUUCAUACAACAGUGAACUUAAAAAAAAAAUGCAUUUGUUACAGAAUUGUUUCUGCUUCUGAGGGUGAUUCAGAGGUUGCUUCACUUUCUUUCACUGCACUUUAAUAUUCUGGAUAUUUUCUUAUCUUUUUGAUUAAAAUACCAAGUAAGAGAAUGCUGAUUUUAGGGGGCAGGAAGUCCAGUGAUUACACAGCAGCAAUGUCUUUGCCUUUUGUAAUUCACUGUUGCUUUUUUUAAAAUUUUUCUUAAUUCACUGAUUUUCCUUUUCUAUCACUUUUCAGAUUUCAAAUUGUAGAGUUCAUGUUUUGCCUAGUGACUAUAAAGGAAAUUUGAAACCUGUUAAAAUAAAUAAUUGCAGUUAGACUUUGAAUUAUCAAGUUGAUAAAAAAAUACAUAUCUUGCAUAUAACUUUUAAAUAUAUUCCUGAUUUUAUGUUUUUUAUGAUGCAAUGAUCUAGGGAAAGCAGUGGGUCCAUCCAUAUAUAUUGAUCUUAAUUUCCCAUGUCUGUAUCUGUUAUGAUUUAUUCAACUGGUGACUCUAUAAACACCUUAAAAUCAACACAAUAUACUUUUACACUCAUAUUUAGAUGAGGUGUUAUUGUUGUUGCUGCUACUUGUAUUGUUGCGUAAGUCGCUGUGUAUGGUAAUUUGUUAUACAACAAUAAAAGUCUAAUACCGGCAU